AUGAAGUUUCUCGUUUGGGCCUGCCUCAUGUAUGUUUCUUUAGCAAGGGAUUACAGUGGCAACAUAGGCAGUCCUUACCCAGUUAACCCAUCUGCAAGUAUUCCUUACCCAGUUAACCCAUCUGCAAGUAUUCCUUAUCCCAUGCCAGACAGCGAUUUCCCUCCUCCUGUCUAUGUUACAAAGACUAAUUUCCCCAAUUACCCUGGGAAUCCUGAUCCUGGUACAGCAGUACCCUCAAAUCCGCUGGUUUUCACUGUUCUUAGAGCUCCCCUCUACAGUAUUGCUAGUCUUCCCAUAUCUCCUUUUUCCGGUCAACCUCCUCCUACUGGGGUUUUCCGCCUUGUUCCUGCCUCACGUAGACCUACAGGACCUUUUUACCCACCAAAUGAAGCUGCACCUUCUGCAGACAAUACAUAUAUAGUUGAGAUUCUUGUCCCACCUACUACACCCUCACCUACUCUCCCAGCUGUCCAACCACUUACUAUCACAGAGCCUGAUGAAGCCGAGCCUGCAGCAGCUGCCCACGCUGCCCCAGGACCUCAGUCCUCUAUUUCUUUUGACCAGGUAAGUGGCCUCAGUCUUAGUCCUGUGAUGCAUGAGAUUUAUAGUAGCAGGAAAGAAAGUCUCUCCAUAAACAAACAUAUAUCCACUGAGAUAUUUUGA